AUGGUUAAAAUCGUUAUUGUCAUCUAUUCCAUGUAUACUCAUGUCUACCAAUUGGCUCAAGAGAUCAAGAAGGGAACUGAAACAUUUGACUCAAGCAUUGAAAUAGAAUUGUACCAAGUGCCCGAAACUCUUCCUCAAGAAGUUUUAACCAAAAUGCACGCUCCACCCAAGCCAGAACUUCCAAUUAUUACAGCCGAUAAAUUAGCUGAAGCCGAUGGGUUCUUGUUUGGAUUCCCAACUAGAUUCGGUUCUAUGCCAGCUCAAUUCAAAGCAUUUUUGGAUAGCACUGGUCAUUUAUGGUCCGGUGGUAGUUUGAAUAACAAAUUUGCCGGAAUCUUUUCUUCUACUGCAACUCAACAUGGUGGACAAGAAACCACGGCUUUCACUGCCAUCACGUAUUUAGCUCAUCAUGGAAUCAUUUUCGUUCCCCUUGUAAGCAAAUUACCUUACUUUGGUCAAACCGAUGAAGUUAUCGGAGGUGGUCCAUGGGGAAGUGGCACAAUAACUGGAUCGGACGCUUCCCGCCCUAUUUCAGAUAGAGAAAAAGAAAUAGCAAAGGAUCAAGGCAAACAUUUUGCCCAGGUUGUAUCAACCUAUGUGAAGGGGAAGAAAGUUAUUGAAAUCGAAAAGAAAAAGAAAGAAAGUUCGGAUGAAAUUAAAACUGUAGAAUCAAAUAACCUUACGCGUUCAACAACGAACACCGAAAAGAAAAAGAAAUCAAAGAAAAAUUGGUUUUGCUGUGGGAAAGACGAAUUAUUAGAUUAA